GGAGUUGCUCGCGGGUCGGUGAGCUGCCCGACGUUGUUGGCCCACCGUCAGUGAUUGCUACCCGGUGUGUUUGCCACACCGUGGUCCACCGCGCGCUACCGAUUCGAUCGCUGUCCUCGUACACUUUUUUUUUUUUAUUAACAUUUCGAUGUUAUUGUUUAGUACAGUUCAAAUUCAACUGCUGAAUCGUUAUCACUUUUUAAUUCAAAUUUCCCGCUAGAUUUUUUUCUAUCAAUUCUAAUAAAUAAAAUUUAAUAAAGUGAAAUAAUAAAAUUAAUAUUAACGAGGAUAAGUGCGAAAAAAAAAAUACUACCAUCACAAAUGACGUACAGUAAACAAGAAUAAUAAUCGUAUAAAGAACCAGAGAAACAUUUAGCUGAACAAAUUGUCUAAACAUCUAAACAAAUGACCGCUAGGCAUGUAAAUAAGGAUCGAGGAUCUUGUCCCGCCUUGUAUCGAGUUACUGACUAGGAGAGCAACCGCUGCUGGUUGUCGGGUUACAUAAAGACGGAUUGAAUCUUGUCGGGCUGUUAAUAUAACGAACCAAGUGCGGAACGCUUAUAACUCGCAAAGAAGCGUUUGACUAACUUAUAUUUUAUACAAUAUAAGGAAAUGAGACACGAAAUGUGUAGUCAAAAUACUAAAUCACACAUUUAAGUAAAAAAAAAGUAAAUAAAUAAAUAUAUAUAGAUAUAUAUAUUAAUGUGAUACGUAAAGUUAAAUGUAAAAACAGGUAGUGAGAAAUUUGGAAAAUAUUUAUCUUGAGUUAAACCGGAAGCAGUUUACUGAAGACGACUAAAAGUAAUUAUUCAAAAUCAGUAUAUAUAAUUAUAGAUACUGAAGAUUAAAAAAAAAUAUUAAUGAUAAUAAUUUUUUUGAUUAAAGUUUGAAUUAUAAAAAUUGAAUGUAAAUUACGAGUCGUAAUAAAAACAAUGUUGGGAGAGGUGACGUGAAAGAUGCAAUUGACACGUAACACAUUACGUACCAAUUAUAACAUAAUAAUCUCAGUUGUGUUACUUGUGGUUUUAAUAACAACAACAAGUUAAGUGACCGAGUAAUUGCUGACAUUAAAAUAUUUUUUAUAAAUUAAAAUAAUUAAAGCGAUUUUAAAUAGUCGCGAGCAAGUGACUGUUGAAAAUUAUUUUAUUUUAUUUUUUGCUCAUGAAAAUAAAAGUAAAUAGACUGUGAUUGUGAUUUAAAUCGGGGGUGAUUUGAGGCAAUUUUUAUUAGUUGUGUUUACUUUGCGUGGAAAAUUAUCUAAGCGAGAUGAAAUUCAUCACUUCAUUGUUUGGGGUCGGAUCCCCGAAAAAAAUGGGCAGGCAGUACAUGAAAGUUGGAAGAAAUGCACUUUUUGGUAUCAGGCCUAAGAAAGAUGGAGAGACUAUGUGCACAGAACGUGUUCCACGGCCUAUGAAUAUGUUUAUAUCGAGAAAAGGAAAACUGAGGCAUGGUAGAAUUGCUGCUAUCCUAUUUGGCCUAUUGGCAUUAGCUAUUGGUAUUAUUCUUUGUAGUAUACCUUGGGUCGAUUACGUUAUUUUAAGACAAUUAAGGCUAUGGAAUGGUUCACUCUCUUUUCAAUACUGGCAAAAACCUGGGGUAGUGAGGCUUACCAAAGUUUAUAUAUUCAAUGUUACUAAUGCUGAUGACUUUUUAAAUUUAAACAAGAAACCAAAACUUGAGGAAGUUGGACCUUUUGUUUACCGAGAAGACAUGGAAAAAGUAAACAUUGUAUUCCACAACAACGGAACAGUAUCGUAUCAGCACAAAAAAAUAUUAAAUUUCGUACCGGAAUUAUCUAAAGACAAAGAUCUACGAGUUUUAGUACCAAAUAUUCCACUUCUCACAUUAACAACGCAAAGUAAAAGUUUGCCAAGGCUGCUAAACUUCGGACUGUCAAUGUUCAUAAGUGGCCUGAAUCAGAAACCCUUUGUCCCAGUUACUGCCCAGCAACUCGUUUUUGGCUACGACGAUCCACUUGUCAGCAUCGCUCACCGUUUUUUUCCAAAAGCGCGCAGACCCAUGCACCAAAUGGGUCUUCUUCUUGCCAGAAACGGCACAUUAGACGAAGUGUCAACGAUUUAUACAGGACAUACUGACAUGAAACAAUUCGGAUUAAUAAACAAAUUGAAUGGCUUAGACCGUCUUCCUUAUUGGGAAGAUGAACCUUGUAAUUCAAUAACAGCAUCAGAAGGAUCAUUUUUUCCGCCGCGAGACAGCACAGGUGCAGACAUAGUGCACGUUUGGGACAAAGAUCUUUGUCGAGUGCUUCCACUUCAGUACAGAGGACCUGUUGAGAAGGCGGGAAUAAAUGCGGAUCUUUACACACCAACUGAUGAUGUGUUUGACCCACCGAGUGGUAGUAAGCCUGAAAAUGAAUGUUUCUGUCCGGAUGAUCCGACGAGUUGCCCACUCAAGGGUCUUCAGAAUAUCAGUCCUUGUCAAUACAGCGCACCAGUUUAUUUGUCAUUCCCACACUUUUAUAAAGCUGAUCAAAAGCUCACAGAUGCGGUCGUGGGAUUGAAACCAGUGCAAGAAUUGCACGAAACUUAUUUUAAAAUUCAACCCAAACUCGGAGUACCUGUCGAAGGAAAAGUACGAGUUCAAUUGAAUCUAAAGGUAGAAAGACAGCCGGACAUAACAGCAGUUAAAGAUUUUCCGGAUAUCGUAUUUCCAAUAAUGUGGAUCGAAGAAGGCAUCGACGAAUUAACACCAGCAAUAAGAAGGUGGAUAUACUUGGCAACGACAUUCGCGGAUAUCGCAGUGCCGUGUAUAACAUACGGUCUGAUUCUAGUCGGGAUUAUUGUUCUAAGUACGAUGACUAUAAAAGCGUACACUAAUGUUCUUACAACGCACGAAGCCAUCGAACUCGGUAAAAAAACAAUAAGAAGAGGAUCCUCGUUUAUCGUCAACGGACAACAUCGCACACUCGUUGUUAAGGACUCGUACAUUUUAUUGAAUCAUAAUUCCGAGGAUGCGAGACCGAUAGUCGAAGUGUGAUUCAAUAUUUAUUUUAAUUUAUCUCUGUUCAUUAUUGUAAUAAUUAAUUAUUAUUUUUUAUUUUAAGAAAGUGUAUUCUAAGUGAACUAAAAUGCUCAUUGUGCUCAAUAACUAUUUUUUCUAUUAGUCUCAAUUAUUUUUGAGAUAUUUAUUAACUAAGACUUUGGAGUGAAAUAUUAAUAGAAAAGUUUUAUGAUAACGGAUUAUUUUUGAGUGAAAAUAUUAUUAAUGGUUAUUAAUGUAAUUAAUUAAUUUAUAAUUAAGUUUCGUGACAAAAGCUCUCUCUUGUCGGAUUUUUUUAUUCUACCUCUACAUUCCGCGAACUUUUAAUUAAAUGGUUUGUGAGAAUAAUUAAAUUGAUAAAUAUUCAAAUAGAAUUUUAAUUUUAAUUCAUUUUUGUAUGAGGUUUUAUAUAUAAAAAAAUAUUUAGAUUUUUUUUUGUCAUUUAUUCUCAACUGAUUUUUGAAAUUUAAUAAUUUAUGUACCGUCAAAAAAUAUGAUCCUGAAGUUAACAGACGAUUCAAAAUUUUUUGAUUUUUUUUUGAACAAUUAAGUUUGAAGAAAAAAAAAACUAAAAAUAUGCGCAUGUAGAAAAUUUAAAAAACUGCAGGUGCAUUUUUUUCAAAUAUUUUUUUUCUUCUGGUUUAUCGUCUAAAAAAAAAUUCAAAAAUUAUUAGACGUCUGCUAACUUCAGUAUCAUUCAAAAAAUUUUAAAUUAAAAAAAAAAUUGUUAAUUGAUCAUUGAAAUGAAAGGAAAAAAAUGAAUAAAUUUUUAAUUCGAUGUUGAAAAUAAGAAGUCAGUUGAAAAUAAAAUGACAAUAAAAAUGAAAUUCUUGAAUUAUAAAAAUUAAAAAAAAUAAAUUAAUAAAACAUUAAUUUAUUUAUUUAAUUUAAAAAAAUUAUCCUAGUAAUUUUAAUUAAAAUUUAACUGUAAAAAAAAUAGAUAAUUAAAUUUUUAUAAAUAAAUUAAAAAAUUUAAAUAAAAAAAAAAUAAUUUAAUUAAUUUCAAUGCCAGGCAGAAAAAUUUAUCUGUUUUUUAAAAUUUGCAUCAACAAAAAAAUAUCAUGGAAUAUUAAAAAUAUAUAAGAUGAGACGUAUAUUUAAAUGACAUAAUAAUUGCUGAUGUAGUUUUUAUUUUCCGUAAUUAAUCCAAGGGCAUGUGCAAUCAAGAAAAUAAUUAACAAAAAAAAAAAUAUAUGAUACCAAGAAAAUAAUAAUAACUUUGUCGUUGACAUCGUGACAUUCAU